GAGGCGCCGCGGUGGAUGGUCCGCGUUGUCCCGCCGCCCCCCCCCGCCCGCUCCUCUCGGAGUCGGCGGCGUCGUCGGCGGCAGAUGGCGCGGGAGCGCACGGCGUGGCGGGGCCCGGGCUGGCGGGGCGGGAGGCCGCCGCCGCGCCGGUUGCUGUUGGCGCUGCUGCUGUUAUUAAUGCCGGCGGUGCCGGGGUUCGGGCCCGCCGCCGCCGCCGCUGAGGAGGCGGUGAAGGAAUGCGACAAGCCGUGCGCCAACGGCGGGCGGUGCCAGCCGGCCAGCGGGCAGUGCGAGUGCCAGCCCGGCUGGGUGGGCGACCAGUGCCAGCACUGCGGGGGCCGCUUCAGGCUCACUGGACCUUCGGGGUACGUGACGGAUGGGCCUGGCAAUUACAAAUACAAAACAAAAUGCACCUGGCUUAUCGAAGGAAGGCCAAACACAAUCCUCAGGCUUCGGUUCAAUCACUUUGCCACAGAGUGCAGUUGGGACCACUUGUAUGUGUAUGAUGGAGAUUCAAUUUACGCUCCCUUACUGGCGGCUUUUAGUGGUCUCAUUGUUCCUGAGAAAGACAGCAACGAAACGGUACCAGAAGUUGUAGCUACUUCUGGAUAUGCCCUUCUGCAUUUCUUCAGUGACGCUGCCUACAAUUUAACAGGCUUCAACAUCACAUAUAAUUUCAAUAUGUGUCCCAAUAAUUGCUCUGGCCGGGGAGAGUGCAGGCUCAACAACAGCAGCAACGCUCUGGAAUGUGAAUGUGCCAAGUAUUGGAAGGGAGAAGCUUGUGAUAUCCCCUACUGCACAGAGGACUGCGGGGCACCCGAGAGAGGGUUCUGCAGCUUCAAUGAUACCAAGGCCUGUGUGUGCUCUGCUGGCUGGCAAGGUCCUGGCUGUUCAAUUCCUGUUCCUGCCAACCAGUCGUUUUGGACCCGGGAGGAAUAUUCUCUUCCAAAACUUCCUAGAGCGUCUCACAAAACCGUGAUCCAUGACAACAAAAUGUGGAUCGUUGGAGGCUAUGUCUUCAAUCAUUCCGACUCUCAAAAGGUUUUAGCGUAUGAUCUUAUUUCUGAAGAGUGGCUUCCACUGCAGAACACUGUCAACUCAGUAGAGAUGAGAUACGGUCACUCGCUGGCAUUGCAUAAGGAUGACAUCUACAUGUAUGGUGGAAAAAUCGAUGCGACGGGGAACGUGACCAGCCAGCUCUGGGUGUUCCACAUUUCCAACCAGACCUGGUCUCAAGCGGUGCCGAAAGCCAAGGAGCAGUACGCUGUUGUCGGCCACUCGGCGCACAUCGUCACCCUGAAGGACAACAACACCGUCAUGCUCGUCAUCUUCGGGCACUGCCCUCUGUACGGGUACAUCAGCAACGUUCAGGAAUACAACCUGGACACAAAGACGUGGAGCAUUUUACAGACCAGCGGAGCUUUGGUGCAGGGAGGGUACGGUCACAGUAGCGUUUACGACCCAAAUACAAGAUCAAUUUAUAUCCACGGAGGUUACAAAGCAUUCAGUGCCAACAAAUACAGGCUAGCGGAUGACUUGUACAAAUAUGAGGUUGAUUCCCGUAUGUGGACUAUUCUUAAAGACAGUCGAUUUUUCCGCUAUUUGCACACGGCGGUGAUAAUGAGCGGAACCAUGCUGGUGUUUGGAGGAAACACGCACAACGACACCUCCAUGAGCCACGGCGCCAAGUGCUUCUCUUCGGAUUUCAUGGCAUAUGAUAUUGCUUGUGAUCGAUGGUCUGUUCUCCCCCGCCCGGGUCUCCAGCACGACGUGAACAGGUUUGGACAUUCUGCCGUGCUCUAUAACAGCACCAUGUAUAUAUUUGGAGGCUUCAACAGCCUCCUCCUGAGCGACAUACUCAAGUAUACGCCCGAGAGAUGCGAAGCUUUUGACAACGAAACGUCGUGUUUGCGAGCGGGUCCCGGGCUCAGGUGCGUGUGGGCAUCCCCCCCGUCCCGCUGUGUCCCCUGGGAGAUGGCAACGCUGGAGCAGCAGCAAAAAGUCUUUGAAGACUGUCCUCCCAGGCCAGCUGUAGACAAUGAAAAAUGUGAUCAGAUUACAGACUGCUAUAGCUGUACAGCCAACACAAACAACUGUCAGUGGUGCACUAACCAGUGUAUCUCAAUGCAGAACAACUGCACGGAGGAACAGGUUCCUAUUACUACGUAUGACAAUUGUCCGAAGGAUAACCCCGCCUAUUACUGUAACAAAAAGACAAGUUGUAAAAGCUGUGCCAUGGAUCAAAACUGCCAGUGGGAACCUCGGAAUCAGGAGUGCAUCGCUUUGCCAGAAAACAUUUGCGGGACGAACUGGCACUUGGUUGGCAACUCCUGCUUGAAAAUCACCAACGCGAAGGAGAACUAUGAUCAUGCCAAGCUCUCCUGCAGGUCGAAUGGGGCUUUGCUGGCUUCCCUCACGACCCAGAAGAAGGUAGAAUUUGUUGUCAAGGAGCUGGAGAAGAUGCAGUCUGCGCCCAAAACUUUGACCCCGUGGGUUGGACUGAGGAAAAUCAACGUGUCGUAUUGGUGCUGGGAAGACAUGUCCCCCUUCACCAACACCCUGCUGCAGUGGCUCCCCGAAGAACCCAGCGACGCCGGGUUUUGCGGCUAUUUAGCCGAACCUUCCCAACAGGGACUUAAGGCAGCGACCUGCAUCAACGAGGUGAACGGCAGCGUCUGCGAGAGGCCAGCCAACCACAGUGCCAAGCAGUGCCGGACGCCCUGUGCCCUGCGGACGCUGUGCGGGGAGUGCACGAGCGGCAGCUCCGAGUGCAUGUGGUGCAGCAACAUGAAGCAGUGCGUGGACUCCAACGCCUACGUGGCCUCCUUCCCCUACGGGCAGUGCAUGGAGUGGUACACCAUGAGCAGCUGUCCGCCCGAAAACUGUUCGGGCUACUGCACUUGUGCCCACUGCUUGGACCAGCCCGGCUGCGGCUGGUGCACCGACCCCAGCAACACCGGCAAGGGCAAGUGCAUCGAAGGCUUGUACCGAGGGCCGGUCAAGAUGCCGACGCCGUCCACAACAGGGAAACAGGGGCUGGAGCCCGUCCUCAACGUCAGCAUGUGUGCUGCGGAGAGCAGCUACAACUGGUCCUUCAUUCAGUGUCCAGCCUGCCAGUGCAAUGGGCACAGUAAGUGUAUCAACGACAGCAUCUGCGAGAAGUGUGAAAAUCUGACAACCGGCAAACACUGUGAAACUUGUAUCUCGGGCUACUACGGGGACCCUACGAACGGAGGAACAUGUCAGCCUUGCAAGUGCAACGGCCACGCGUCUGUCUGCAACACAAACACCGGGAAAUGUUUCUGCACUACCAAGGGGAUCAAAGGAGACGAGUGUCAACUGUGCGAAGUUGAAAACAGAUAUCAGGGAAAUCCACUUAAAGGAACGUGUUACUAUACUCUGCUCAUUGACUAUCAGUUCACCUUCAGCCUUUCUCAAGAGGAUGAUCGCUAUUACACAGCAAUCAACUUCGUUGCGACACCCGAAGAGCAAAACAGAGACCUGGACAUGUUUAUCAACGCAUCUAAAAACUUCAACCUCAACAUUACUUGGUCCACAAGUUUUGCAGCUGGCACGCAGGCUGGAGAGGAAAUACCAGUUGUUUCAAGAACCAACAUAAAGGAAUACAAGGAUAGUUUCUCCAAUGAGAAAUUUGAUUUCCGCAACAAUCCGAACAUCACUUUCUUCGUUUACGUCAGCAAUUUCACCUGGCCGAUCAAAAUACAGAUUGCAUUCUCGCAGCACAGCAACUUUAUGGACCUGGUACAGUUCUUUGUGACUUUUUUCAGUUGUUUCCUGUCUUUGCUCCUGGUGGCCGCCGUGGUUUGGAAGAUUAAGCAAAGUUGCUGGGCAUCGCGGCGAAGAGAGCAACUACUCCGCGAGAUGCAACAGAUGGCGAGUCGCCCCUUCGCCUCCAUCAACGUUGCCUUAGAAACAGAUGAAGAACCGCCAGAUCUCAUCGGGGGAAGCAUAAAGACCGUACCAAAGCCAAUAGCGCUGGAGCCCUGUUUUGGGAACAAAGCAGCCGUUCUCUCUGUAUUUGUGAGGUUGCCUCGAGGACUGGGGGGUAUCCCGCCGCCAGGACAGUCAGGUCUCGCGGUGGCCAGCGCGCUGGUGGACAUUUCACAACAGAUGCCAAUUGCCUACAAAGAGAAAUCGGGCGCCAUACGAAAUCGGAAACAGCAGCCCCCUGCACAGCCAGGAACCUGUAUUUGAUGCAUGGACAUCAGAAACUGUAGCGGGUUUUAAACAAAACAGAAAAGUAAUACCUAGGAGGAGAAGGAGGAAGAUUCCCAAGUUGUGUCGGAAGAGACUAGAAGCGCUCGGAAAAAGAAACACAACUUCCUUGAACCCAAGUUUUUCUCUCAUCUGCGUGAUAGUCGGCUUGAUUUGACAACUGCUCCACUUAAGUUUUACUGACACGUGGCUUCAGAUUGCUCCUUUGUUUUCUUCAGGUUUAAAGUAAAAUGGUUUUCUCGCAGGUCCCGUAACAUCCGAUCGCCACCACUCAUGGUCAGUUGUAAAUAGAACCGUAGUCCAAUAUGAAUGACACUCAGGUUUAUACAUGGAAAGUGCUUUGUAGUUCAUGUAUUUAUCAAACUGUACAAAAAAAGAAAAAGAUGCAGUGUUUACAGGUGUCAGCUCUCAACACAUAAACACUACUAUUAAUCUUCAAAGCAUCUUCAUCCUUUGUUUUCAUUUAAUAUUAUAUGUUUAUUCCCACAUUAUUUAAGUGGAACUCUCUUCAAGAUACAGCAUUUUUGUAGAUGUCAUGGUCUGGAACAUCAGGAACACAGAAGCGGGGAUGGUUUAAAGGUUGAUGUCGUGUGUUGCUCAGACCAUGUGAAAUACCUGGAGAAGUUGAAUUUCGCUUUUGAAGGACUCGGCGUUUACAUCGUCUUAACCUGCUUGGCGUACACCACACACAAGUGCCUAGACUGGAACAGAUCUAGGGAGUGAGGAACCUGCUACACACCUUCUUUUUAACAUAAUUAUAUUCCUUUUAAAUAUAUGUAUACACACAUACAUAUAGUCACCCACAGCAAUCUGUGUUGUUUGUGCGGUCAGGAGAAAAUGGCAUUUUCCUCACCAAAAACUACUCGACCAAAUGGAAAUAUCUGGAGGGAAAGCAGAGUUUAGUAUCUCAUAGGAAACAACUGGUUUCACCAGCACUUCUAAUAGCAGCGGUUUGUGUUCCAGGUCCUAUACAUCGUAUUUCUUCUGAUUUUCUUAGCCCGUUCGGCCUCUUUGCCUCCCUUGUACCUCCUGGAUGAGUAAGAUUUGCUCCAUCUCCUUACAGGGUGUAAAAAGCAACACUCUGGGUACCAGAUCAUUUGAAGAUGAAGUAAAAUAGAACUUUAAAUAAAAAGCAAGCAGAGCAGCUUCGUCUGGCCCCAGGUUUGAGCGUUACAGGAUCAGUUACUGGUCAUUCCCAUUUGGGUUGAGCUCAGAUGUUGAAGAAGGUGGUUUGUUGGUGAAAGGGAGGGACUUGCAAACAGCAAAGGGAAAGUUUGGCUAUUGGGGGCUGUACCAAACCCUCUGAAUUACUCUGAUUAGUUGGGAUUGUGGUUUUGAGGUUCACGGUUGGGUUGAACUCAACGCUGUGUGUGCCGGUACCCAACGUCUCCCUUGAUUCUGGAACGUGAGUGAAGGAAUUUGCUCUUGAAUCUUCUGUCGAGGUAUUAACGCGCCCUUUUCCAAAAUGAACCCAAGUAACUGCAUCUUCUUGUGCGCACAUUUGGGUGAUCGAUCACGUAUCAACCACUUGUUCUUUUCUCCUUUUUUAAUUAAUUUUUUGUUAUUUUAAGCAGUUUGGAGAAGCUCUUUGGAGCAGCAUCACGAUAAAGAUGCGAAUUGCUGUACGUGUCCGGACAGUGGUGAUGGGCGACAGCCUGCAGGUUUAAACACCGCGGUGGACUAGGAUUAUAAUUUAAUGUAUCAUUUAACAAAUACAUAUAUGUGUGUGUACAUAUAUAUAAUGCAUCUGUUUCUAAACCAGAAGUCUAAAUGUUCUCUUGGGGAAAGAAAUUAGGAGGGCGAAAGAAAUUAUGGGAGGGAAAGGGGGGAGCUUUGUCUUACAGAGUGAAUGGGUUUAGGCAGUUUAAGUUUUGACUAAUGCACAGAUUACCUCAGACAGAUUCAUCUCCUCAACUACGUGUAUAGGGUAAGUCUGAACUAGAGAAAUAAUACUGGACUAAAAUGCCUCUCCUGUUAUUCAUGUCCCUGUUUUCGGUCGUGAUGCACAUCCCCGUGUUCAGAGAUGUCUUCUUGCUUCUCCAAGGUGAUUAUUUGGCAGAACUGUCAACCCAAAUUGAGAAAGCUCUUGUGCUUAAGUCUCCAUAUUUAGGACAGCGCUUAAGCAGGUGUUUAAAGUUGUUGCUUAGGUUUUCCUAGGCAGAAACAGCUUUCAGGACAAUAGGCCUGGAGGGGUGAUAGAUUUUAACUGAAAGACCUAAACGGGCUUUUUACCCCUUCAAAAAGUUGGUUUCUCUGGUCUCCAAAGCUUAGAGAAGUGCAGCCACAAAAGUGACAUGUUAGAUAUUGCAAAAACGAGUAAAAAUAAUCAAACUUUGAGGUUUAGCCAAACCAGAAAAAAUAUAUAUAAAUAAAGGAAUGAGACUUAUUUAUAUAAAGAAAAUGAAACAGCUCCUUUAUGACAUAGCUCUGUUCUGCAUCUUAUCUCCAUACUGAUGAGGGAAAAAGAGGAUUCUCAUACAUAUCUUUGCUGUGAACAGUUUCAUCCCAGCUUGAAGGUAAAAUAAAGGCGGUGGGGGGAGGAAGAAUUGCGGUUGUUUAUCACCGGGCCAAUAUGAAAAGUGAAGGAUUUGUGGGUUUAUUUCUUUUGGAGGUGAUGGGGGGGAAGAGGAACCUCAUUUCAUGGGAGAACCUGUAAAUAAAUGACAAAUAACACACCGAUUUUGCACUUGUACAUAAACUAUACAGUAGCGUGCAGACCAUGGAAAGAUUGAAAGUGUAUAUAAACCAGGAAAAAAAAAAUAUUGAAUGUAUUUUUGAUGCAUUUUAAACGAUGUAUGAGUUUUGUCUUAAUAACUUCUUCAUCUGAUGAGUAUUAGGUGACUUCCCAGAGCUUUAAAGAAACAUCAAAUUAUAUUCGUGGUAUCUUGCAGCAUAAAGCAGGGAGGUAUAACUUUAUUUUUAUGUAUUCAAAUGCAUUUCACUUAAAUGUGUAAGAGAAGGAAAAUACGACUCUUCCAUUUGAAAGGGGGAAAAUAACGACGCUUGAAGACAGGUAAUAAAAGUACUUAAAGUAGUAAUUACUUGGAGGAUUAAGUCAGCAGUUUAAGCCUCUGCCAUUAAGACUGUGCCAGUGAUUUCCAUUCAAAAUCACUGUUUUCAAGUGCUUAUAUCUGGCUGAAGUUCAGCAUUUGAGGUCUCAACCCCCAGAACAUUUUUAUUCUUUGAGAGCAGCCUUUAAAACCAAAUUAAUAAAGAAUCAGAAAUGCUGUAGCCCUUUUAUUCUAGAAAGCAACAGUUCUGUUGUUGUUGUUCAACGUUUUCCAUGUUUUUUAGCCCAGACUUUCUUUGGACUGUUUGUAGCACGACAGGAGACCCGGACACGUUAUGGGUCAAGAUGUUGGAUACGAGAAGAUUUAUGAGACACAACUUUUGAGUUAUUGCCGCUUUCCCUGGGCUUAAAUGCUCUGUGUUGAAAUUGCCAAAAUAAAGCUAUCCGCGGUGCGGUAAUACCUGCGAUUAGCUUAAAUUCAUAGUCUAUAAUGUACCAAAAUGUGAUGGUAUGGCAUCAUAAAGCGUGACGGCCCCUGUUGGCAGGUACACGCUCCAUAGGGGUAGUUUGUGUUCUAAAUACUGAUCAGAAACAUCGUUUUCUCUCCAGUCAACAUUUACCAAACUACGUAGUCCCUGGGUUUACAAAUGGCAGCUUGGCCCUAAAUUGGCUGAACUGAUGAGAUAAAUAAAAGGCUGAGAUAAAACUUGGGGCUUUCCCCACAACCCGCUGGACGUCCAGCGCUGAUUCUCCAUCCGUGACAGCUCCAGAUGUUCACAGCUGCUGCUUUGCCUUUUCUGCAAGACCCCGAGUUAGGGACAGAGCAUCACCUGCAUCUCUGAGCCUGCAAAAACCACAAAAACGAGGGGUUUUCCAGUCCUGAGCUUGCGAGAAAGCAAAGAACGGACCCGACGUGCCAGGAGCAGCUUUUUGACCCAUCGAUAAGCUGCAGACGCCGCCUCUUUCCUCCUUUUUCUUUAGAUCUUCAUUUGGGAAUAGUCCAUGGGAAGGGCAAGGAGAGGGUCGGACCUUUUGGAAUCCGAACGAAGCUGCAGAGCAGGUUUGGGAGGGAAAGUCGUUGGUGUUUUGAAUGCAAAGACAAGAUGCUUGCGGAGCGUUGGGGAUGCGGGAGCAAAGGGACGGGCAGGUUUCUCAUUUUCGGACGCGGUCUUGGCAAUUUUAGCCAAAUCCACACUUUUUCUGUCAAUAGCUGCUUAAAUCAGAGGAGUUUCCCAUGUUAGGAAUACUACAAUGACGUGUAUACGCUGAUUUCUUUUCUGCUCGGUUUACCACUUUGUUCCACCACUACUCACGGACUAUCUUUGUGCGUCUUCCAGGUACUACAGUUCUUUAUACAUUUCUUCUCCAUUUAUCUUUGACUCCACAAACCUCACCAGAAGAAAGAAGGAACAAUAUAAUGUGGACAAAUGUAACAUAUGUCAGUCCAUAUUUUUAUUUAAAAAAAAAAAGGCAAAAAGAAAAUAAAAACAGAGUUUUCUAUUACUCUAGAAUUUGUGCACAAUAAAUAUCCUUUACACCAGGAUCCUUGAAUUAAUUUUAUUCUGGAUUGGUUUGUUUCCUUUAUUCUGUAAUUAUUUACGAUUCUUCUCUGUGUUCAGACCUGAGCUUAGUUUGUUAAUAUGUAUAAUUUAGCAUUUAUUGCAUUCGUAUGUAAAUAUGAGCAAGCAUUGUAAACUAUUUCAUUGCUGGGGACUGUGGGUGUUAUACAUACACACAUUUAGGACUGCAGGUUUUGGUAUAAUUUUUUGUAUUGUAAAAUAACAGCUAAUUUAAAGCAGGAACGAGGAAAUUAUUGGGAGGUCUGUGCAUUUUAAAUAAAAAAUGUGAAGUACAUGUAUAUAAAUAAGAGUAAAUAAUGCAAAUCUUUCCUCUGAAAUAAAAAGUAGAUGAUCUGGUUAAA